UUUCUCAUUAUCCAAACAACCAUUCGAAAAACAAAGUCUCACAAAUUUCUCUAUGGCUGAUUUCACAACAGAUAUGCAAAACUUUAAACAAUCAUUUUCUUUCAUGGAUAUUGAUCCUGCAACCAUGGAGUCACCACUCAACCAAUAUGGUGGUGAGCUAAACCAAAGUGUUAUAGACAAUUCAGCCUUGAAUUUCCAAACCUUUUUCCCUUUCUCCAAUGAAACCUUCUUCAGCAACCAAGUAGCUGAAAUCGCAGGCAAUUGCAGAGCAAACCCACCAAGUUAUUUCCAUGAUAGCAACCACAAGGGUUCAAUUACAGCACUAUCAGUUGCUCACUCAUCCUUUGUCACUUCUAGAAAUGAAUUCCAUGACAGCAAUAAGAGAAAAUCAUUGGACUUAUCAGAAAGUAGUUAUGGGAAUUCAUCAUCCCCUUGGAUCAAGAGAAUAAAUAAUUUGGGGAGAGGGAAAAGAGCAAAGAGUAAUGAAAAGGGAGAAAAUAAACCAAAAGACGUGGUUCAUGUCAGAGCUAGAAGAGGUGAAGCUACUGAUAGUCACAGUUUAGCAGAAAGGGUUAGAAGAGGGAAAAUUAAUGAGAGACUAAGAUGCUUGCAAGAUAUUGUCCCAGGAUGCUAUAAGACCAUGGGCAUGGCAGUCAUGUUAGAUGAGAUCAUCAAUUAUGUCCAGUCCUUGCAGAAUCAAGUUGAGUUUCUUUCAAUGAAGCUAACAGCAGCAAGCACUUAUUAUGACUUCAACUCAGACACGGAUGCCGUGGAAAGAAUGCAGGUGCUUCCUAGGGAAAAAGCACAGGGGGCAAAAGAUGAAUUGGACAAAUUUAUGAGAGAAGGAGAUGUUGAAAGACUAGCUUGCUUCCACUCAUCAACAAUAUGGUCCUCUUUGACUUAAUUUCUACAUCCAUGCCUAUACUUAAUUGCCUUACAAAACAUAUGAUCAUGGAGAUGCUAUAUUUUUCAACUCUUUUUUGUUUUCCCUUUCAUAUUUAAAUGUAUUAUGAUCAGAAACACAUAUUGUACCCCCCUACCUAAGCUAGAAUAUGUCAAAAAUUUAUACUUGUAAUUUAUUGUCACUCACAAGCAUUAAUGGAAUUCUAUUCAAUAUA